GAUGAGAUAAAUAAAAGGGAAAAGAGAAACAAACCUUUGGUGUGGUCUCAGUUUCACUCUCAGUUUCUGCACCUACCAUUACCAACCAAACAAACAAGAUAGUAGUAGAUAGGAUCAUAUCAUAAUCAUAUAUAAUUCUGAUUCAUACAUAUACAUAGGAGAAAACAACACUUACUUCAUAGAAUCGAUUCUUAAUCGAAUCGAAUCAAUUCUGCUACUCUGUGUUUGCUGAACUUGAAUUUUGUCAAUGGCUUCCUUAUCCCUCUCAUCACCACCAUCUCUCUCCUCCGCACACCACAAUGCCUCCUCCCACCUUAUCCUACGCACCCCCACUUCCCUUAAACUACGCACCUCCGCCACUCCCAAACCCAUCCGUGCCAUCACCCUCACCCAAGACGACCUCAAGAGACUCGCCGCCGACAAGGCCGUCGACUACGUCAAGUCCGGCAUGGUCCUCGGCCUCGGCACCGGCUCCACCGCCGCCUUCGUCGUCGCCAAGCUCGGCGAGCUUCUCUCCUCCGGCCAACUCACCAACAUCAUCGGCGUCCCCACCUCCAAGCGCACGGAGGAGCAGGCGCGAUCCCUCGGCAUCCCGCUCUCCGUCCUCGACGACAAUCCCCGCCUCGAUCUCGCCAUCGACGGCGCCGACGAGGUCGACCCUUUCCUCAACCUCGUCAAGGGUCGCGGCGGCGCUCUUCUCCGGGAGAAGAUGGUCGAGGCCGCGUCUGACAAAUUCGUAGUCGUCGUCGACGACACCAAACUCGUCUCCGGCCUCGGCGGCUCCGGGCUGGCGAUGCCGGUGGAGGUGGUGCAGUUCUGCUGGAAGUACAAUCUGACGAGGCUUCAGGAAUUGUUCAAGGAAGAAGGUGUGGAUGCGAAAUUGAGAUUGGAUGAGAGUGGGAAACCCUAUGUCACUGAUAAUUCCAACUACAUCGUUGACUUGUACUUCAAGACUCCGAUUAGGGAUGCAAAUGCCGCCGGAGCUGAGAUUUCGGCACUCGAAGGCGUGGUGGAGCAUGGAUUGUUCCUCAACAUGGCUACCUCAGUCAUCAUUGCUGCCAAGGAUGGAGUUGAAGUCAAGAACAAGUGAUUGUUGUUGAUUCUCAAGUUAAUUGAAUUUCCAGUUUUCUCAACAAUGGUUGGUUGGUGUCUGUGUAUUAUUUUUUGUUUUGAGAUCCUAUCAUCCCCUUUGAGCGGGGAAUAACAAUAAAACUUGAUAAAUUCAUUUCUCUAGUGCUUGCUUGGUUCCUCAGAA